CAUUGUUCAGCAGUCCAUGCACGCAGUUUAACAACAAGGAUUUAAUGGAUAAAGUGAGUGGAGUAGAGAAUAUGGUUCUGUUUGUUGGCUCAUCAUCUAUUGAUCAGUGCAGGAUAAAGGUCGAGGAACUGUUCCACUAUGAUCUCUGCAUAGAAAGAUACCGCCAGUUCACAGAUGAGUUGGUGUGUAUUAAGAAUACCAACCCACCUCAUCCACAACUAAGCUAUUAUGCGUUCUCUACAUACUGGUAUCUCAUUCAAGUCUUAAAUCUACCUUCUCAGCACUCUUUACAAAGAUAUGAUGACGCGUCUAGAGAUCUUUGCACCAAGUCAAGGAAUGAGUCUAUUGAAGAUGGUGUUGAAGACAAGAUUGUGGAUUCAGUUUGCUUCAAAUCUAUCUUUAUGAAGGCCUUGCUAACUCAAGGAUACAAGAUAGAUGCAGAGAAUUACUCCAAGAUUAGGGUUGGGGACCCAGCUUUGCCGGAAAACUAAACUUUUUCUAUUAAAGUCAACCCAUUCAACUAAAUUAUCCAGUCACCCAGACUAUGUGAACACUGGCAGGAAUAGCAUUUAGAAGACGACAGUUAUCACUUUAUGGAAUGUAUGUGCUAUGCUGAUUGGACUUCUGUCGUGUGCACUUCUGAAUAUUUGAACUCCCUAAUCAUUUAACUAUACGGAGCUGUAUUCAAGUGUUUUAUUUCAAUUGAACCUUAUUUUAAAAGAGUGCUCAUUGGAACGAUUUCUUCAGCAAAUAAGUAAAAAGCUCAAAAGAACAAAAAAAUUAUUCUUAAAAACCAAAAAAUGUUUUGAUUUGAACUACAGAAAUUAACGUAAUGCUUAUGACGAAAAUGAACAAUUUGUUUUAAUAUUCAAUAGUUCAUAAGGUCAGUAGUUCUAAUUACAUCUUAAAGUGGUGGUUAAAUUGUUUAUUUUUGAUAUCUUAAGCCUGGUGUUUGUAAAGUCUGGGUUACGUGAACUUGAUUAAAGGGUAUUUUAAGUGACUCUAGUCUAUGCAAAGAUUAUAAUUCCCGAUUUACAACGGUAAUUUCAAAACCUUUGAUGGAAUUAGAUUUGCAUGUUUUUGUUUUUUUUUUUAAAUGUUUUUUUUUCAUUUGUGGUUUCAGUGGAAAACUGACUUGCGCUUUCUUGCUUAUGGAGGGUCACUUGAAAUUA